AUUACAGUCAGAUACAGGUCACUUGUACUUAUGAAUGUGAACCGUCAAGAUAGACAAAUCCGAUCUGAGCAAAAAAUCGGAAUUGAACAAUGUGGCUGGCAGUGUGAACGUAGCCUUUGAUAGUCGCGGCUGGGCAAGAAAGACAUUUUUUCCAUCACUCGAACUUCUGUUCUUGAGUAUUGGAACUGAACUUGGAGAAUGGGAGAUUUUAUCAAACGGGUACAUGAGAACACAAAAACGGUGAAGUAUGCAUAUUGAUAAACAAUCCUUUUCUCCCCCCUUCCCUGCUUCAGGGAAAGCCAGGUCAAUUGUCUUCCGCAUGCAGUAAUAAUUGACUGCCAUCUGGAUGUUGUUGGGCUAUUGUCGCUGCCCAACCCCCGGCAGGCAGUGCUUACUCUAAGCCCUGCACUGCCAACACCACCAUGAAUCUUCCAGGGCUCUGCUGUCACAAAGGGUUAUAGAAUUAAUAUAAACCACAAGAAAAGCUCAUAGGAGAGGAGUUUGAGGACAAAACCACAAAGAGACCAAUUUUAUAAUUUUCUACCUUUUUAUACACUUUUGACAAUAGCUAACGUGAUUCUGUUAACCAAUAAUGAGACCACAACCCCUUCUAAUGGUAACAUAGGACACGGUUCCCCUCAACAGUGCAGCAAAAAUCUUUGCUGUUUCAGCUGAAUCCCUGAUGUGAGUUCAGACAUAAACUCACUUAACACCUGAAACAUCAACACGUUUUUUGUUGUAGUGAGGAUGAGCCAUGCUUUUGAUCUGGUCAAACAGUGGGGACAUUAGAUUGCAUGUGAUCCAAAUCGGUUUGUAAUUCUAUAGUUAAAUUUUUAUUAAACACAAUGUAAAUGAAGUUGAAAUUAACUGUAGGAAAUUAGUUUUUAAAAUGGAGUUCUGUUUCAAUAUACUGCUGUAACAAAGUAAGAAAUGAGCUGUUUGAAUUAAUGCACUGUUUUUAAAAUGUAAAAAGUUAGUAAUUAUGCUUCAAACAUGUUUUGUAUGAAAUGUGACUUAAAAAGUACACACUUACUUGCUGUUGAAAAAAUAGUAAACCUUUAUUCAAAUCUGAUUUGUUACACAAAAAUAACCCAAUGAGUCCAUUUAGCUUUAUUCAACAUUUCUUAUAUCAAUGACAUCAAAACAAGAUAUUUGAUUAAUUGAAGGACGUAGCAAGGGCGUAGAUUUGAGUGUGGGAGGUAGGGACAUAUCCCUACCAAUAUUGUAGGAAUACCUUGUGCGUUUAGGUGGCCAGGAGGUUGGAGGCUGAUUUGGUCCCUACAAAUGCUGAUAACAAACCUACAGCCUUGCGUGAGAUUUGGAGGUGCUUGCAUACAUGCACUGUGAACAACAUAUACAUAUGUUUUCAAAGCACUUAAUUAAAGCACUGAAACUCCCCUCAGACACACUCAUACUUGAAAUGUUACAUUAAUAUUGUUUUUUUUUUUUCACUUUUUCUGGUCUCUUCCAUUGUAAUACUUAUUGUCACCUGCAUUAUUCUAUAAAUAUCCUUCACAUUCAAGUUGUUUGACUUGUCAUUAUAUGUUAAAUAAUUUAAUAAACAAACAAAUAAAUAAAUAACUUUAAACAUGAUUUAAAUAGUGAAAUCCUUUUCACCUGUUGAAGGAUGUUGAAUGAUUUUUAAUUUUUUUUUGAGGUGUAAGAAGGAAAAAGCAACACGUUGACAUUUUUAGCUGACCAGUAAGACGUCCUGCACUUGUUUGAUUGCUUUGGUGUUAGAAUGACCAAAACACUGACCUACCCACAGCCCUACCCCGCCAGAGAAUUGAGCUGACCUUUGAUGAGACCUAUUACAUUGAGCCUUCUUUCGAGUGCCGCUUCGACUACAUUGAGGUACGGGAUGGUCCCUUCGGUUUCUCUCCUCUCAUCAACCGCUUCUGUGGACCCAGCAGUCCUGGCAUGGUCAGAUCCACAGGGCGCUUCAUGUGGAUCAAGUUCAGUAGUGAUGAGGAACUGGAAGGGCUCGGUUUUCGAGUCAAAUAUGCCUUCAUAGCAGACCCUGACUUUCGUCUACACGUUGGGGAUCUCUUUAGCCCAAUUCCUGAUUGUCAGUUUGAACUUAUGGGCUCUGAUGGAGUUAUCCACUCCAGUCAGGUGGAAGAGGAAGCAAAGAUUAAAUCUGGCAGUGCAGUAGACUGCAUCUGGACUGUGCGUGCCCCUCCUAAAUCCAAGAUCUAUCUUCGUUUUAUGGAGUACCAGAUGGAACACUCAAAUGAGUGCAAGAAAAAUUUUGUGGCAGUGUAUGAUGGUAGCAGUGCCAUUGAAAACCUGAAGGCCAAGUUCUGCAGCACUAUCGCCAAUGAUAUCAUGCUGGACAACGGUGUGGCUGUGGUCCGCAUGUGGGCGGAUGAGAACAGUCGACUCAGUCGAUUCCGGAUGCUUUUCACUUCAUUUGUUGAACCUCCUUGUUCAGAUGAUACUUUUUUUUGCCACAGCAAUAUGUGCAUCAAUAACUCUCUUGUUUGCAAUGGAGUUCAGAACUGUGUGUAUCCCUGGGAUGAAAACCAGUGCAGAGAAAAGUCCGGCAGCCUUUUAAAUCAGAUCAUCCGGGCACGUGGGACUGUCAUUGGAGUGUCGGCUGGCAUUGUCUUGGUGCUGCUUGUUAUUUCCAUCGUGGUGCAAAUGAAGCAACCACGCAAGAAAAUAUUAUCCCGCAAGCCUCCAUUGAAUAAGGCAGGCUUCCAGGAGGUUUUUAACCCACCUCAUUACAAUCUUUUCUCUUUGCGGGACAAGGAGAUGUCCUCAGACCUGGCAGACCUAUCAGAUGACCUGGAGAGCUACCAUAAGCUGCGGCAUAACUCUGUAGCCUCGCGAUGCAUCCAUGAGCACCACUGCGGCUCACUGGCCUCCAGCCUUAAGCCAAGCCAGGCCGACCUUAGCUCCAUGGAGCUGUUAUACCAUAAUGACUUCUCACAAUCACAAACCCUGCGGACACUCAAUAGCACCUAUAAGAAGAGCUGUUGUGUCUACAAACAGGCUCAUGACUGUGCAGAGAAUGUCAUUGAGGAUCGUGUGUUGGAGGAGAUCCCUUGUGAGAUCUACAUGCAUGGCAACAAAAGAGCUGCUAGUAGUAAACAUUGUAUUUCCAUGGACUUUUAGAAGAAACAAGUCCAGAUGCUCACCUUUCUUACUGGUCAAAUGACAGAGAAUCUCAUACAAUAAACUGUAGAGUCUGUCUCAUUCAUUUAAAUGCAGUACAAUGAUGUUAGGGUCAUUAAUAAUUAAACUGGCCUCUUUGUGUAUAAAAGAUUUUUGUCUUGCGUUGUUAGAAUCAGUUCCAUCUGUUUGCCUGAUUUUAAUAAUAUGUUUUUGUGAUGCUAUUAUAGUGAACAAGACUGCUUCACAUAUUGCUCCUUGCAAUAAGUGGUCUCAAAAUUACAAAAAACACUUACAGUAUGGUAGGACAGUUGUCUAUUGUUAUCACAUACAUUUAUCUCUCUUGUUUUAUUUCAGUUAUUAAAUUAUGUUUGACUAUAAAAGGUGUUUUAAUCUGUUUGUCAUUAUGUCAUGUAUGAUCUGUAAAUGGAAGUACGUUUUACAACUUAAAGUUAUUCAAAGAAAGUUCCUCACAUAAACUUUCUUGAAAAACACA